CCACCUCUAGAGCACAUAAGAAAGAAAGUGAAAGUGAAGCAGCAACUGAGAACUGGUUCUUCUAAAAAAAAAACACACAGUAGAGCUUUAAAGAAAGGGUUUGUUUCAGAGCUUCGUCUGUGAACCUGAGGGCGAGACUGCAUUCGGUGAGUCUGAAUUGAUGGGAAACUCGUCAGCAUUAAACAUGGACUUGCUUGAAGCUUCUCCAACAGCAGCCGUCGAUUCAGACACGGAGGAGGACUACGACUGCCCCAUCUGUCAGGAGGUUUUGAAAAUGCCCAUCCGCACCAAGAACUGCCAGCAUGUGUUCUGCAGGAGCUGUUUUCAGAUGGCAGUGAGAAGUCGGGGCCCUCAGUGCCCGCUGUGUCGGAGCCCCGUGUCUGAGAGAGAGCAGAGGGCCUCAGACGUCACACAGAGGAUGAGGGAGAAGAAGGGCAAGUGCAGAGCAUGUGGAAAAGAGAAAUUUCUCAGUAAGAUGAGGCUCCACUACAGAUCCUGCAGGAAGUAUAUCGAGGAGUUUGGUCCGAUCCGUGAACCCACACUUCCGCUUCCUGCCCAAACUCUUCCUAACAUACCGGAAAGCAGUGUGUUUAUCAGUAACAUCUCCUUUCCUACAGCUUCUACCAGUGUAGGAAGAGUGUACACGUGUCCUUAUUGCUCACUCAUGGACCUCAGUGACAUGGCCCUGGUGGAGCACUGCCUCCGCCAACAUCAUCAAGACCGGACUCCAAUCGUGUGUCCGAUCUGUGUCCGGAUGCCGUGGGGGAUCCCCGACUACACCAGCAGGAACUUUAUUGGCCAUCUGGUGCGCAGACACAGGUUCAGCUACAGCAGCUACAUGAAUGAAAGUGAGGAAGAAGAAAUGCACCUCCUCACAGCGCUGCAGAUGUCAGUCCAGGAGUUUUAAAACAUUCCUGAAAAACUAGGUUUCUGCCUCACCGGAGGAUCCUGCACUUUAACCGACUGCUGAAAAGCACAUCAGGAGUCGUCAUUUAAACUCUUCUUUACAUAUAUUUUUUUUUAGAGAUUAUUGAAUUAUCGUGGACAGAUAUUUCCAAGAAAAUGUGUUUUAUUUCAUGAUCUUUUGUUUUGAUGCACACAAGGCAGCAGAGUCUCUGCACAUUAUUUCUGACUUUAACAGCCUUUGUGUAAUAAAUGACAAAAAAAAUUC